AUGGCCCUCCUUGGCAUCCUCUCGUCGCUCGACGGUCCUUCAUGGGCUGCGCUGGUGUUUGCAGCGGUCGUCCUCGUCCACGUUGUACCCUACCUCCUUGACCCGCACGGGUUUCGGUCCUACCCCGGGCCAUUCCUAGCCAAGCUCUCUGACUUCUGGUUGGGCAAGGUUGCCGCAGACGGUCACCGCUCUGAGCGAGUCCACGAGCUGCAUGAAAUAUAUGGCAACUGGACCUUUGUGCGCAUAGCGCCCAACCACCUCUCCAUAGCGGACCCGGACGCGCUUCAGAUCGUGUACGGCCAUGGGACGGGCACACUCAAGUCCGACUUCUACGACGCGUUCGUGUCCAUCCAACGCGGACUUUUCAACACGCGCUCGCGCACGGAUCACGCCCGCAAGCGCAAGAUCGUCUCGCACAUCUUCUCGCAGAAGAACGUGCUGGAGUUCGAGCCCCACGUCCGUGUGCACCUCAUCCAGUUAUUUAAGCAAUGGGAUCGCCUUUGUGCAGGUGGCGCACGCGGCGAGGCUGGGGACGAAGGCGAGGGCGGCUGGCGCGGCCGUGACGGACGCGUCUGGUACGACUGUCUGCCGUGGUACAAUUAUUUGGCAUUCGACAUCAUCGGCGAUCUCGCGUUCGGUGCGCCCUUCGGCAUGCUGACCUCCUGCAAGGACUCUGCACCCGUCGCGGUCUCGCAGGACGACGCGAUGGCGACGUACGGAAAGGACGCAGCCUACAAGGUGGAGCACUUCCCCGCCGUGCAGGUGCUGAACGACCGCGGCGAGUACUCGGCGUCCAUGGGCGUCGUCCCGCCUCGUUGGCGCCCACUCGUGAAGCGCCUCCCGUGGUACAACAAGGGGAACCAGGCCGUGCAGCGGCUCGCGGGGAUUGCGAUUGCGGCCGUCGCGCGCCGACUGUCCGUGCCUGAGAGCGACCGACACGACCUGCUCGAGAAGCUGCAGGAGGGUCGGGACGACAAUGGGGACCCCAUGGGGCGCGCGGAGCUCACUGCGGAGGCGCUCACGCAGCUCAUCGCCGGCUCGGACACCACGUCGAAUUCGUCGUGCGCGAUCACGUACUAUCUCGCAAAGUACCAGCACGUGCAGGAGAAGCUGCAGAAGGAGCUCGACGACGCGCUUGGCGGGGAGGACGACUCGGUCGCGUCCUACGAGCAGGUAAAACGCCUCCCGUACCUCGACGCGGUGAUCAACGAGGCGCUGCGCAUCCACGCGACGUCGGGCAUCGGCCUCCCACGCCUCGUACCUGCUGGGGGGCUCGAGGUCUGCGGGCGGUGGUUCCCCGAGGGCGCGGUGCUGUCUGUCCCAACAUACACGAUUCACCGCGACAAGGCUGUGUGGGGCGACGACGUCGAGGAGUUCCGCCCCGAGCGCUGGUUCGAGCAGGACAAGGUCGCGGUGCAGAAGACGUUCAACCCGUUCUCCUUUGGCCCCAGGAGUUGCGUCGGACGGAACCUCGCGAACCUGGAGCUGCUCGUCAUCGUCGCGUCAAUCUUCCGCCGCUACCACUUCGUGCUCGAGGACCCCAGCGCUCCGCUGGCGACAAACGAGGGCUUCUUGCGCAAGCCGCUCAAGUGCAUCGUCGGUAUGAAGCGCAGGAACGUAUGA